AACAAACAAAUGCCAUUGCAGUAUCUCCACGGGACGUGUCAUCGGAUUUGACUACAAAAAGGUUUGAAUUUUAUGACAUACCAGGGUGCAAGAAUGCCUUUUUCUUAUCUAAUUUAUGCUAAUGUUUUAUAGUUGUAUCAAAUAGCACGUUUAUUGCAAACCAAAAGUGGACUCUCCGAACCAUUCCCCCCCCCCUGCCCUGCCAGGGUACGGGCCUAAUUAGGGAAGCCGGAUUUUAAAGAGAUCUGUUCGCCAUUUUGUCAUCCUACCUAAUUACCAAGUGUGAGAAAGCAUCCAUCCCCACCCAUCGUCAGACCACCAGACCACGUUAUUGACCAAUUAGAACCAAUUACACCAUGAGGGUUUUUGAUGAUGCAGUAAUAACACCCUGAUACACGUGACUGGUAAUUUAUUUAAGAAAAGAAGGGACACCAUUUCUCUAUAACUUUCAACUUGAUUUUUUUGGCAAAGUGAAAUGUCUGAUAAGGCCUUACUCUCGAUUACUGAGGUUCACACUUGACUCUUUCAAUGAAAAAAAAAACAUACAACAACACAAUCAAUUACUCCCGCGCGCGCAGCAGAAUACUCCACGAAUUCUCACAUACUAUGACGUAAUAUGUUGAACGAAAUAGGUAUCACGGCUUAAUGACUUUGUUUCGAAUAUAAUAGCUUGUAAAAGAGCGUCAACCACUUAGCUCCCUUGUGUAAAAGUGGUUUUGUUUGCUCAGUAUGGAUUGAUAGCCUUAAGUGUAAGUAGCGGGAUAUGGACGAACUAUACGAGGACGAGCUCAAAAAGAUUGAGAAACUAUCCUACGAAAAUCUGGAGGAAAACAUCAGGAAGUACCCUUCUUCAGCUGAAGAACAAAGAAUAACAUACGAUUUUAUCCAGCGCAUAUUUCAAUGCGCUCGCGAAGUCCUCCAAGACGAAGACAAGUGCGCAGAGUUAUUACAAGCGUACGAAAGGCUUCCGUCUCCACACGAGAAUAGCAGUAAUGAAAGGAAUACAAGUGGAAGCUCUAGUGAGACAGCUGAGAAAAGCGAAGUGAUCAGAAUAGGGCAAAUUGGUGUACUGCAUGAGAUAGGGAGUGCGGCUACCUUAGACACUGAUGUAGUGAUGGCGGAGGUGGUGAAGCUGGUAAAGGUAGCGACUAGUAGAUCGGGUAUCAGGAAGAAGUCUGUAAGAAAGGAACCAAUGCCUAAAAGUAGAGAUAGUAGUAGUGAGAGUUAUAGCAGCGGCGAGGAGACAGAGAGGCGAAAAAAGUCGCGUUUGAAAGCGAAGUCUAGAAGAUUAAAGAAAAGCAACGAUGCUACUAAAGAUGGGCAAGGGCAAAUAGGGGCCUUACCUCAAGCUUCUAACACCAAGCGAGUUUCUUUUUAUGACGGGGUUCACAGCUCAUCAAGUGACAUUGUAAAGGAUGAUGAAUGGGCUGAUGAAUCGGGAAGCACUCCAGGAAAUGUAGCAACUAGACAAACGAGCCUUCUGCAAGUGGACGAUGCUGAUGGUGCAACAAGAGCCGGUGGCACGAGUCAACAAAAAAGCGUAGUUCUGUCAGACGCACCGGGAACAAGUGGCGAAAGAGAAAGAAAAAGUAUUUUCCAGAUUCCGUUCUGGAAAAGUGAGUCUAAACCUACAGCAGAUGACAAUGUGGAUAACGAUGAAUGGGAAGGAUUGACUGACAGUGUAUUCCAAAGGGAAUGCAACCGCAUUACUCAAAUGAUCUGGGGAGAUGACUCAAAAACAGCAGAAAAGUCUGCCCAUCACGUCUCAGGCGAUAGCAAAGAAGUCGAGGGUGACGUCAAGGCGGAGGAAGAAGGAUUCCGGUUUGAGUUUCCUAAGAUUUCGUCGGCGAUCAAACGGCAGAUAUCAUCAGUGGUGAAGGCGGGGUUACCGAUACAUCUUCCAGGAGGACAAACCCCCGAAACUUCAAGUCCGGUCGACACGAAAGACAAGAUGGCAAAUCUACAAAAACUUGAGCCGUACCUGGACAUUAUUACUUAUGGAAAAAAGAACUCAAUGGGUGAACACAUAAUCUACCUGGACCCGUUCAAAGCGCCUCAAAAACAUGAAUUUGAAGAUCAUGAGUUAUAUGAGAGAAUACUGGAUCAGCUGUUAACAUUUACGGAGAGUUUCCUGGAACAGAAUGUCAAAACGGAUAGAUUUAUUCUUGUAUACCGCUGCCUAGAUGUACCGAACACGCACAUGAUGACAUUACGAUGGAUGGGCAAGUUUUACGACCAUCUACAAGACAAAUAUCUUAAGAAACUUGAAAAGAUGAUAAUCUACAAACCAGAGUUUAAACUUAAGCUUCUUAUCAAGAUGAUAACACCCUUCAUGAGAGGAGAGUUCACGCAGAAACUUAGAAUUGUCAAUGAUCCCAAGUCAUUAGCAAGGGAACAAAAUCUACCAGAAAUGGUAAAAAAGAUCAAGAAAAAGUGACUGUUUAUUUUGUAGCCAUACUAUAUACAAUAUGUAUCGAUGUCGAAAGCCGAAAAUCACCGAUGAAAGUCUUUGCAGGCAAAAUAUGUUUUUAAUAUGCUAAAUGCAGCAAUAAAACAUUCUAAAAUCUA